UCAUGCUGCUGCCAGGUCCAGAGUGUGUCAUGGGUCCCUGUACGGCCUCCCAUUGCUGCUGUCUCCAUCGCCACACUCUGCCAUGUGCCACUUUCAGGUCUCCUCACACUGCUGGUGGGUUCCAUUUUGUCAUAGGGUGCUGGCAGAUUACGGGCCUCCCAUUGCUGCUGCCAGGCCCGUAAUCUGUCAUGGGCCCCUGUACCGCCUCCUCAUGCUGCUGCCAGGCCCGUAAUCUGCCAUGGGCCCCCGUACCGACUCCUCAUGCUGCUGCCAGGCCCGUAAUCUGUCAUGGGCCCCUGUACCGCCUCCUCAUGCUGCUGCCAGGUCCAGAGUGUGUCAUGGGUCCCUGUACGGCCUCCCAUUGCUGCUGUCUCCAUCGCCACACUCUGCCAUGUGCCACUUUCAGGUCUCCUCACACUGCUGGUGGGUUCCAUUUUGUCAUAGGGUGCUGUAUGGCCUCCCAUUGCUGCUGCCUCCACCGCCACACUGUGGCUCCACUCUCUGGUUUUGGCCCCGUGACUGCCCAAAUGAGUGAAGUGUGCGGUGAUUCUAAGAUCGACGGCACUCAUGUGCAUGUCAUACUGACUGACAGUAUUAUUUCUCUUCCCCAGCAGACUCCAAGGGCAUUUAAAUUAAAGGUACAGUGUUCUGCACUAAUAUAA